GUUGUUAUUUGAAUUGGGAGGCAUUGCUUUGAGUUUCAUGGUCCUUGAAGAUAACGAAAUAUAUUAGCCAAUUAAAGGUGAUCUUAAAAUUUAUUUCCACUGCCUGCGUGAAUGAAGACAUUUUUAUUAUCUCAUCGGUCUAUAAUAAUUCUCCAUUGUAUUUUAAAUGCCAUUAUUCCUUGAUAUUCUUUAUUAACACCAUUGUAUAACUUUCAUGUAUUUGUAAUAACUUUACUUCUGUUCUUUGUUUCCACGCCCUUUUAAUAGAUUGGCUGGCAAUAUUAGAACCUAACAGUAACUCUAUAACUCACUUUACAGAGAAACAUUCUUGUGAAAUUAUAAUUAAUUAUUACAAAAAAUCAAUUUUUAACUAAGCACAAGUCAGUUUGACUUUAAUGUGAAUAUAAUGUAAUAUAAUGUGAGAUUAUAUAGAAUGAAAGCUUUUAAGUAGACAGUGACUUGCUUUGGUCUAAGAUUUAUGCUGUUUAGAAAGCUUACUUUUCUAGAAAUAAGAGUUCUACACGAAAAGUUGAAGUUACACAUUCAUGUUCAUACUGAUAAGAGACCUUAUUUUUGUAGUACUUGAAUUAAAGACUUAUCACAAAAGUAGCACAAUCUUUUUCUUACAGGGACAAAUUUGUAUUUUUCUUUAUUAUAAAAGCUUUUUCUCGUGUUCAGCCUGGGGAGAAACCUUUUUAUAUAGUUUAUGUUAAAGUUUUUCAAUAAAUGAAAAUUUAACGGCACACUAUCUUACCCAUACUGUUGAAAAAUUUUAUUCAUAUAGUUAAAGCUAUAAAAGUUUUUUCAAAUGAGUUUUCUGACAGAACUUCAUCAUAUUCAUACUGGUGAGAAACCUUCUAGGCACAGUCGUGUUCAUAUGGGUGAAAAACUUUAUUCCUGUGGUAUAUGUCAAAAGAGUUUUUCUCAGAGAAAUAAUCUAAUUGUGCAUAGUCUUAUUCAUACUGGCGAGAAACUUUAUUCAUGUAGUAUAUGUAAUAAAAGUUUUUCUCAGAGAAGUACUCUAAAUGUGCACAGUCGCAUUCAUACUGGUGAGAAACCUUAUUCUUGUAGUACAUGUGAUAAAAGUUUUUCACAGAAGACUCACUUGACACAGCACAUACUAGUUCAUACUAGGGAGAAACUUUAUUCGUGUAGUAUAUGUCAUAAGAGUUUUUCUCAGAGAAGUACUCUAUACGUGCACAGUCGUAUUCAUACUGGUGAGAAACAUUAUUCUUGUAGUAUAUGUAAUAAAAGUUUUUCAGAGAAGAGUUAUCUGACAAAACACCAUCGUAUUCAUACUGGUGAGAAACCAUCUAGGCACAGUCGUGUUCAUGUGGGUGAAAAACUUUAUUCCUGUAGUAUAUGUCAAAAGAGUUUUUCUCAGAGAUGUAAUCUAAUUGCUCAUAGUCAUAUUCAUACUGGCGAGAAACUUUAUUCAUGUAGUAUAUGUCAAAAGAGUUUUUCUCAGAGAAGUACUCUAAACGUGCACAGUCGUAUUCAUACUGGUGAGAAACCUUAUUCUUGUAGUACAUGUAAUAAAAGUUUUUCAGAGAAGAGUCAUCUGACAAAACACCAUCGUAUUCAUACUGGUGAGAAACCUUAUUCUUGUAGUAUAUGUUAUAAAAGUUUUACAGAGAAGAGUCAUCUGACAAAACACCAUCGCAUUCAUACUGGUGAGAAACCUUAUUCUUGUACUAUGUGUAAUGCAAGUUUUUCACAGAAGACUCACCUGACAAAGCACAUAGUUGUUCAUACUGGUGAGAAACCUUAUUCUUGUAGUAUAUGUAAUAAAAGUUUUUCACAGAAGAAGAAUCUAACAAAACAUCAUUGUAUUCAUACUGGUGAGAAACCUUAUUCUUGUAGUAUAUGUAGUAAGAGUUUUACAGGGAAGGAUAAACUGACCGAGCACAGUCUUGUUCAUGCUACAGAAAAACCUUUUUGUUGUAGUAAUCUAUGAGAAUUUUUUUUUAAAAGGGACUAGUCUGACUAUGCACAGUCGUGUGCAUACUGAUGAGUAAUUUAUUCUUGUAGCAUUUGAAAUAUGAGUUUUUCAACGAAGAGUUGGCUGACAGAGCAAAGUGUUCAUAUUGUGGAGAAAUUUUAUUCUUUUAAUAAAUGUAAUAAUAGUUUUUCCCACAGAUAAGUAGUCUGAUUGUGUCCAAGCAUGUUCAUAUUGGUGAGAAACUGUAUUCUUGAAUGUAUAAAGAACUUUUCAAGACAAAAAUCUAACUGAAUAGAGUCAUCAUAUCGGUGGGAAACUUUAAUCUUGUAACUUAGGUAAUAAAAUAUUUCCUUGAGAUUUACCCUAAAAACUCUACGAAUUUCUGUUCAUUUUUUUGAGUAACUUUAUUUUUGCAAUUAGUUAUAAUAAAAUUGUUUUACAAUAUAAUGAUCCAACUGUUCAAAGUUAUUUUAAUUGAGAAACCUCAUUCUUGUACUGCAUGUAAAUAAAAUUUUGUGAAGUAA